ACAGGCGGACUCCUCCACUUCCUGUUUUGUUUCUCUCCCUGUUUGUUCGGGUCGGGGAGACAUGGAACAAUUUGCGAGGCCAGGAGACAACCACAGCCUGCCCGCGAAGAAACACGAUCUCUCUGAACGUCGGCGGAGCGUAUAAACCCGACCCAAGAAGCGGACAGCGGCAACGACCCUCACUCCGGCGCCUCCGGUGUCCGUUGACAUGGCUCUCAGCUCGGGCGGCUGGGCUCCUCCAGCCCCGGUCGCUGCCUCGACCCAGCAGGCUGCUGCGGCAUGCGGCGGGCCCGCGACGACCGCUUGCUGCAGCACGGUCUUAAUGUCAGUCCGUGUUGCCGUGUGCCACUCCGGCAUCCGACCCUUGUGCCUCCCCGGAGCGGGUAGCGAGGCUCUGCGUCUCCAGCUCAGCAUGGACCCGAGCCGGGCCGGAGAGUUCCGACUGGCGCUUAGAGACACAAGCGGAAACCGCAGUGUGUUCAUCGCGGAGUUCGACCUGCGCUCGGUGCAGUACGAGGUCAAGUCCUCUCGCUGCCAUGAGAUGCGUCUCGCUGCUCCCCCGUACGACUGCAUCCGCUUCAACUUCCGCUGCGACCGAGAGGCAGAGGAGUGGGCCACCGUGGUGAUGUCAUCACUGAGAGAAGCACAUAGAGUGGCGAAUAUCAACACGUAUGAAUCAGAUGGCAAACACGACAACACAGCGGCGGCGAUGGAGCAGUGGAGCGCCGCCUCGCUGCCUCUCAGCGAGGAGCUAUGCUUGGAGCUCGCCAGGGCCAUCGAAGCAGGCGACACUCAAGCUGCUUCCCAGCACGCGUCCGCGCUGGCCCGACAGAAAGCCGUGCUGACGAUACGGCUGUCGGAAAAAAACUACGCAGACGGAGAAAUCAGCCUGUCGGUGGUGGUGGAGGACGCGUCGUCGUCUUGUUGCGUCACGGUGAAAGUGUUUCCCUACAUGACCGUGGCCGCCCUCAAGCAACAGGUGUUUCUCGAGUACGGCUUCCACCCCCGCGUGCAGCGCUGGGUGAUCGGUCAGUGUUUGUGCACCGAGCCGAGGUCACUCGCCUCCUACGGAGUGCAGAAGGACGGCGACACAGCGUACGUGUACCUGAUCUCGGCCCGGCAGGCCCGCAUCACCCGCCAGCUGUUCCAGCAAGACCUGGAGAGCGCCCUCCUCGCCCCGCCUCUGCCCACGGGCAACGGCCCCACGUCCCAAGACUGGAGGGGUUACAACACCCUGCCGUCAAGGCUCCCCCACAACAACCAGGCAGGUACAGGUGGAGGCAGCGACCGACCAGGUGAAAGCAAAGAUAUCCUCGACAUCGAGAAUCUGCAGCUGAACGAUCAUGCCAACAAAGCCAGUAAAACACAGCAGACGGUGUGGGCUUGCCCCUCGUGCACUUUCCUCAACAAGCCGUCUCGUCCCGGCUGCGAGAUCUGCGCCACAGCCAGACCCGACGCACAGAGCUCCAUCCAGCAGGAGAAAGGGAGGCGAGAGGAUCGGGGGGAGUCCGGCCUGAGCAGCAGCAGCUGACUGCCCACGGUCACCGUCUGGGUUUUCAUUUCUCACUCACUUACACACAACACACAACCCACAGAGCGAGGAGGCGAUUUCCGCUACAUACACGUCGACGCAGUGCUCCCGUGAAGACUGUCGAGUGCACUGAGAGUCCCGCGGCGGCUGGCUGGCCGCUGAGGACUGGAGCGUUCGAAGCGCCGCGGCACGACAGGGCCGGGGGGCUCGGGCGACGGGACUGCUGGCGGAGAGCUUCGACGGUUCACAUGGACACGACCAUGACAUACAUCCACAUCUGGCUAGAACCUCUUUGCUAUUUAUUUUUCCGGGGUGUGAGUGUGUGCGGCGCAAGCAACGCAGACGGCCUGAUAUUUAUUUUAGGGGAGAGAGUGAAGCUAUCUCUUUGCAUUCGGUUGCAUUGGACGUCAGACUCUCUGUGUCAGCCCAACUGUGAAGUGAGAAGAAAGGUGAAGCCUUGUGCAAUACCCUGUUCUGUUUGUUCGUUCGUUUGUUUGUUUGUUCGUUUGUAGUGUGUCAUCUGUCGGUGCCAAAAAUAAAAUCGGAAUCGUUUAAAGAAAAAAAAAGACGGGGAAAAAAGAUCGGAAGAAGCAAUGGAUGAGGUGAGGAGAAAUGUGCCGUUUACAGGGUUGUCAAGUGCUUUUAUUUUUUUAUAACAUUGUAUUAAGUGUUUUAUUUUUACCAAGAAACAUUGAGUAAUUGAUGUACAUUUUAGCAACUAACUUUACUCGAUUCCCUCUCAGCUGUGACAGCAAAGGAAUGAUUCGUUUUCAGUACGCGAUACUGCUGAAAGUCCACAAUUCGCUGAAUGAAAUAAAAUGGAAUUGAGCCGU